AUUUGAAAUGUUAGUGAGACAAAGUGUCUCUUGUGCUAUGAAACCAAAGACAGAUCGUGUCUUGUGUAGACCAAAUAGUGUUCAUGAUUAAUCUAGCCUCCAACAAAGCUAGGUAACGAUAUCAGUCUUGAAUGUGUUUUAAUAGACGAAGUUUUCCAUCCAGCUUUCAAGCUAUUAGGAUGGAUCUAAGUUUUUCUAAUUGUAACUUGUGAACUUGUUGGGUAAAGUGUUGAGUGAUCUGUCAUACAAAAUUUUCAACCAAGCUUUCAAGUUAUUAGAAUGGAUCUUGGUUUUUCUCUGUGUAAUUUUUGAACUUGUUUCGAGUGAUUUGAUUAUAUCUUAAUAAAACAACCAAACAAAAAAAAAGGACUUAGCAUAAAUUCCGAAGUAUACUAAGUCUAUAAGGAAGUAUGACCCAAGAAACAUCGUGAGAAAAGGAAACUGAACAUCGCCUUUGGUUUAAGUCAAGAGAGUCUAUACUAUUAUUAUGGUUUAACCAGGCUUAAUUAAAGUAUCUAAAAGUAUGCGUCUAGUGAUAAGUAAAAAUUAUUAUUACAAACUAUUUGAGACAGAUGCAGCAAUUAAUAAAAAAAAACAUUCUGGAGAAUAAAUAAAAAAUCAUUCAAGUGUGAACCUUGAAAAGUCUGAACUCCUAAAGAUGCCGCCCAAAGAAAUUCCCCAGAUGGGCCCUGGGUCGAAAAUCUCGGCUCUCAUCGACGCCGUGAAAAAGAACCUUAUUAUCACAGAGGUGAAGACCAAGAGGGAACUGCUGAUUGACUUCUCUUCUUGCGGCUUCACCGUCCUUCCGGUGGAACUUUGCAAGAACGAGGAGGUGAUUGAGCUCGCCGUCAAGUUCCUGCUGCCUUUCAACAGGCUGAAGCAGUUGCCUGGCAACAUAGACGCGCUCGUGAAUCUUAGACACAUAGACAUGAAAUGCAACGUGAUGACGUCAAUUCCGGGGAGCGUGUUCAACCUUCAACAGUUGGAGUUUUUAGAUUGUUCACACAACGCCAUUAAAGCCAUCCCGGGCACCAUAAAGAACUGUCUGUUCUUGCACACCUUCAUUUGUGAGGAUAACAAACUGAAGACGUUGCCAACUACCAUCAACAAAUGUUCUGCGCUGAAGCUGGUCAAUGCAAAGUUUAAUGAAAUGAAGAAAGUCCCAAAGUCUAUCUACGAGAUAGGCGGUCAAGUCGACCUAUCCCACAACCAGAUUGCGGAGCUUCCGUCAGCGUCGGUGAAGUCUCCCGCACUGCGAAGCCUGGACGUGUCUCACAACAAGAUCUCUGAAAUUCCAAGCAACAUCAAUGUCAUCUAUACUCUGGUCUGGCUGAACCUGUCUUACAACUGUCUCGAGACUGUACCACAGGAGCUAUCACAGUUAAAAUAUUUGCACUAUUUGGAUAUUAGCCAUAACCAGCUGACGUCGCUUCCGGACGUAUUUGGUCCACAGGCUUUCUCUGUGGCUGUGUUGAAAGCUUCUUAUAACAAGCUGACGUCACUUCCUACGGAUACCGGCUGGAUGAAAGUCUUAGAAGAACUUUACGUAGACAACAAUGAGAUUAUAGAGUUACCCAAAGAGAUUCCAAAACUGCAGUGCUUGAAGAAACUAGAUCUGUCUGGUAAUAAAUUAACCAGCAUUGAUGUCCUUGUGUCUGUGACUUCACUAGAAGAACUCAUCUUCGCUCAAAAUCAAGUUGAAGAACUUCCAGAGUCUAUUCAAGCAAUGAAAAACUUGGUUCGAAUAGACUUCAGUGGCAAUCAGAUAGUUAGUCUACCUAAGUCUCUUGGCAGGAUCAGUUCACUGAAGGACAUUCUUGGUGCCAACAACCGUAUAACAGAAGUGGACGAAACCUUAGGGCAACAUCAGCUGCUUCGAACCCUGGACCUCGGGUAUAACAGACUCACAGAACUGCCCGAAGACUUGGUACGUUGGAGAACCCUUGAGAUCCUUCGAGUGAAUAAUAACAGAAUCACCGUGCUGCCUCCUGCUAUUGAGAUGAUGGAAAGUCUCUACGAGAUGGAUCUCAGCGAGAACAGUUUUACUGAGUUCUAUUUCCCUAAACCUAUUGAGAUCUUAAAUCUCUCCAACAACCCAGUCCCUGUGCAAACUUCGGAACAGACUUCCCCCAUCAUGUCUAUAGGAGAAAGCGACAGCUGCAGACGAUUGACCGCCCUUGACCUGUCCAGUCUUAAGUUAGACUCUAUACCACCUUCCCUCUUCAACUGCAGGCUCCUAGUUACCCUCAAACUAGCCAACAAUAAGAUCAAAGUUUUAUCAGAGCAACUUGGCAAGUUAAGAAAUCUGGAAUAUUUUGACGCCCAUAAUAAUGAGAUAACAGAAAUACCAAUACAAAUAGACCAGCUGCAUCAGCUGUAUUACCUUGACCUUUCUCACAAUUCCAUUGGGGAAUUUCCUAUGAACUUGGCUAAGUUACACCGCAUCAAGCAUUUGGACAUGUCCAGAAAUAACAUCGAGAAGUUACCAGACCUUCAGAACCUUGACCAUCUAGUCUAUCUUGACCUGAGCUACAACAAGCUGAUGGAAAUCCCAGAAGAAAAUCUGGACGUACUGGCUAGCUUGCUGACCUUAAAUCUCUCCAACAAUCUUUUGACUGUCUUCCCACCUGACUUGGCCUAUUUGUAUAGGCUGAAAAUUCUGGACAUGUCCGGAAAUGAUCUUAAAGAGCUGCCUCCAGAAAUCAAUGAACUAGUUAGCCUGGAGAAAUUAGAUCUUCACGACAACAUGCUAGAGGAACUUCCUGCAUCCAUUGGUAAGAUGAAAACCUUGACCUAUCUAGACGUCAGCAACAACAAAAUUAUGAGCAUUCCAGCAACAAUUAAUGCCAUGGGCAGCAGAUGUGAGCUGAAGUUAGAAGAGCAAUCAUCUAUCAAGGCUAGAGAGAUGGAAGAGGACCCACCAAAUGAAUCAUGAUUGGUUAUUCUUCAUCAGUAGUGCUAUACACAUCUCAAGGUCUAGCACUGAUCUGCCUCUAACUGGUUCUAAAAUAAAGUUUUCAAGUGUAGAAUACUGGCCACUACAAGUACAACUAAAACAUUCGACAACAUUUGAUCAACCACUCAGUGGGUUGGGGGACAUAAUUAUUAGAAACAAUCUAAAGUAAUAACGUACUGCAAAUGUAUGGCUGCCUGGUCGUGCGGUUUGCACGCUGGACUGUCGUUCAGAUUUAUCGAUGGUCCCGGGUUCAAACCCUGCCCGCUCCCAUCCCCCGUCGUCCUGCGGGAGGUUUGGACUAGGAAGUAAUUAUCUUCAACUCUGAAGGAACAUCCGAAACAUGUAAAACAUUUUACAAACAAUGUCUUAUUUUUUGUUUUCCUCUUAAUAAAAAUAAUACAUGUCCUGCUAUAUGAAUAUGAUAAAGGAAUAAGAAAGUUAUUUCACUCCAAGUAGUUAGUUACACGAAUAUCAUAUCAGGGUACUUUUCAUUGCCUCUCAAUCAAAACAAAAACUUCACAGGAUGAUUAGGAUGUCUUGAUAAAAAAAACCAUUCAUUAUGAGUUUUUUAUUGAUCUGACCUUGACAUUCUCUUUUUUCAAAUCUUUAUCUUUGUCACUUGUACUAUUACAUUGUCUAUGUUGUUAGUUUAUGUUUUUUGUUUGGUUUAUAUUUUUGAUUCUUUGCUAUUUUCUACUUUCUUGUCUAUUUUGUUUUUCUAUAUCUAUAUUUUCUAUAGUACUUAAGGAUUUGGUCCAAAUAAGUGGCUGGUCUGAUUAACUAGUGGUUCAAAUGUACUAUGUCUUGUGGGGUGAAAUAUAUGAAACAUUGUGUUGUUAUAAUCAUCAUCUAAGUUUACGCUGAAGAUUAAACACAAAUGUAUUACUAUGUCAACAUUAUUUGAUUUUAAGGGUAAUUUAUAAAAUGUAAUGUUUUUCUUUAAAAUAUUUACAAUUGUGAUCAAUUUUAUUCUAAAUAAAUGAGAACCAACAUUGGA